UUGGUAGAGCGCGUCACUAGUAAUGACGAGGUCAGUCGUUCGAGUCGGCUGUGGGGAAGUUUUUUUUGUCUCCUCCCCGUCGGCCGCUGUCAAACUGCUUGCUUGCUUGAUGAUGAUGAUGGUACCCCGGCUGAUGAGAAUGUCACCUCUUGCUCUGAAGAGUCGUCUCAUCAGUUUGCUUUCGGCAACUUGCCAAAGCACGAGACCGAACUCGGGUCCGGAGGGCGGAAUGUGUUGUACAGUACCCCAGACUUAAUUGCGAUUCCCAUCACUGGCUACGAUGGAGUCCAAGUUCAUUUCGUACAAGUCUAAGUACUUCCCUCGAGGGGUCAUCGGCAUCGUCUCCGGACAGGAGGUUCACCCAUGCGUGGUUGGGGAGAACUAUGUCGAUGAUAUGUAUGAUUUGGUAGAGGAUUGGGAUGCGAUCGCUCCAUCGUUGAGGCGAGGCAAGCCAAGCGAGCUCGUAGCUAGCGUCCACAUCCAGGCCCCGUUCGUGGGUCGAGAUGUCAUUGGCAUUGCGAAGAACUUCCGCGACCACCCGAAGGAUGGCGAGCCGGCCCCUCAGCCACCAACGUUCCCGAUGUUCUUCACUAAGCGAGCGACUUCGAUUAUCCCGACUGGGGCGGAGAUAUAUCACCAUUUAAACGUCACAAAGGAAAUCGAUUACGAGGGAGAAGUGGGAAUUAUCAUUGGGAAAGGAGGCUUUGGCAUCCCCAAAGAGGAGGCAUGGAAACAUAUUUGGGGGGCGACCAUUGUUAAUGAUAUAUCAGCACGAGACCGUCAGCGCGAUCAUAAACAGUUUUAUAUCGGCAAGUCGUUAGAUACAUUUUGCCCCAUGGGUCCGUUCGCUGUCCAUAGGUCUGCACUUGAUUGGGAUAACCUUCUUCUCGAAACUCGAGUGAACGGAGAAGUGAGGCAGCAUUCAAAGACCAAUGACUUGAUCUUUGACAUCCCGACUCUGGUCGAGACUUGUUCCAUGGGAACAACUCUUCAACCUGGUGACGUGAUUGCUACGGGUACACCAGCUGGCAUUGGUAGCUCUUUCAAGCCUCCCGUGUUCCUUAAACCUGGCGACAUCGUUGAGGUUUCUGUGACCAACCUAGGAACGCUCAGGAACCCCAUUUCCGCCCGAGAUGCGCCGCCACCCGCCUGCAAUCCAGUACGCGUUAAGAAAACUCCGCUCUUGUCCCCAGCAAAUGCCAAAGAACACGCUGUGCCGUACAGAUACACCCCAACUGUUCUGAAGAGGGGGUUUGGUUUUGGAAAAUCCUCCUUGACACUACCUGUCGUUUUUGGGUGGGGAUUGCUUGCAUGUGUAUUGCAUAUCGUCGUUAAGUCUACGCACAAUCCACGCUGAUUUUGCAUCAUUAUCCAACUGUAUCAAUACUCGUUCGUUUCUUGUGCCAAUUUCAUUCCUCCGUGGCUGUGUGCACUGGGUCAUACUAUUCCCAAGCUCUCACCAGGUCCCCAUUGUGGCAUUCAUACGUUCGACCCCAAUUACUGUCGACAUGUCCUCCCCAACACAAUUGCCUAUCCCAGCUACCAAUGAAGGGACCUCGCCGGCAUUGACGGGGGGCUCAAACAUAGCAGGGGAGCUACUUCGAAAUGACGAAUUUCAAUUGUACGACCUCAAAGUCGAGGUGGUUGUCGACCAGGGCUCUGGUGAACCUUCACAUAGCGACACAAGUGCACCACCUCGUUUGCU